GCAGACAGACAGACACACAGAGAGAGAGAGAGAGAGAGACAGACGGAGAGAGAGACGUGCGCACUUGAGCUGGAGCUGUGUGGGAAAAUUAUCGCACAGGGGCAGAGGCGAGCGACUCGAGCUUAACCUGAGACCUGAUCUCACCACUCGGGUCCAGCUGUGGAUGUCCAACAUUUUUUGCGUCUGGAGUUCAAACUUUUAUAAGGGGACACAGCCCUGAGAGAAGUAUUUAUUUCCGUUAGAGUAAAGAGAGGUUCAUUGAAAGUGGUCCAUUCAUCAUGGAGUUACCGGUUCUGGUCUUAGUGGCGGUGGUCCUGUCUGUCGGCACCAGCACUAAACUGAACGUGCCGCGCCUUCGCCUUUCAUACAAAGAUCUGUUGGCCACAAACCGUACCUCUAUUUUCAGUGGUUUCAAUGGAGAUCUGCACUUGUCGGCUGUGUUUUUGGAUGAAUAUCACGACAGGCUUUUCCUGGGAGGGAAGGAUGUUCUCUAUUCGCUGAGACUGGAUCAUACACAUGAUGCUAAAGAGAUCCACUGGCCUUCAUUGCCUGAGAAUCGUGAGGACUGUAUUCUCAAAGGGAAAGAUCCCGAGAUGGAGUGUGCAAACUUUGUGCGGUUGCUGCAGCCAUUUAACCGCACUCACCUACUGGCCUGUGGAACUGGAGCUUUCCAGCCCGUGUGUGCGUAUGUGAACGUCGGACACCGCGGAGAGCAUGUGUUCAGUUUGGAUCGUACCACAGUGGAGAACGGGAGGGGGAAAUGUCCCCAUGACCCCAAACUACCCUUCGCAAGUACCUUCACAGGUGGAGAGCUGUACACCGGUCUGACUGCAGAUUUUUUGGGGAGAGACUCUGUGAUUUUGAGAGGUUUAGGGACUCGCUCACCCAUGAGAACAGAGAUGGAUCAGAAAACCCUACAUGAGCCCAGGUUUAUUGCGGCCCACCUCAUUCCUGACAGUGCAGACAGAGAUGAUGAUAAAAUUUAUUUCUUCUUCACUGAGAGAGCAACAGAGAGCGCAGAGCGAGACGAUGAAGGAGCCAUACACACACGCAUUGGACGAUUGUGUGUGAAUGAUGCUGGUGGGCAGAGGGUGCUUGUGAAUAAGUGGAGCACAUUUGUUAAAGCCCGACUGGUGUGUUCUGUUCCUGGACCCCAUGGCAUCCAAACACACUUUCACCAGCUGGAGGAUGUGUUUCUGUUAAGGACCAAAGAUGAAACCAAUCCAGAGAUCUACGCAAUAUUCAGCACCAUCAGUAAUGUGUUUCAGGGCUAUGCAGUGUGUGUCUAUAGUAUGGCUGAUAUCCGGGAGGCAUUUAAUGGGCCAUUUGCUCAUAAAGAAGGACCUGACUAUCAGUGGGGACCUUACGAAGGACGCGUCCCUUACCCGCGACCAGGAGUGUGCCCCAGUAAGAUCACGGCCCAGCCUGGUCGUGCCUUCCGCAGCACACUGGAGUUUCCAGACGCUGUUCUGCAAUUUGCACGAACACACCCACUAAUGUGGCGCCCGAUUUACCCAUCACAGCGGGAACCACUGCUGCUCCACACCGGCGCCCCAUACAGGCUCACACACAUCACUGUAGACCGCACACAGGCCGAGGACGGAUACUAUGAUGUCAUGUUCAUCGGCACUGAUACUGGGACUGUGCUAAAGAUUAUCGUACUUGCAAAUGGAAACACUCUUGCAAAUGAGGAGAUCACACUGGAGGAGAUGCAGGUGUUCAAGGUACCCACUCCCAUAACCUCCAUGGACAUAUCUGUGAAAAGGCAAACUCUGUUCGUGGGUUCACAGACAGGUGUUGUCCAGGUGCCUCUGCACCGCUGCAGUAUGUACGGUAAAGCUUGUGCCGAGUGCUGCCUGGCUCGAGAUCCGUACUGCGCCUGGGAUGGACACACCUGCACACGCUACCUGCCAAACACAAAAAGGCGGUACCGAAGACAGGACAUCAAACAUGCAAACCCAGCACUGCAGUGCACGGACCAAAACCUCAGCGUGGAGGAUCUAGAUCUGACUGAAGAACGGGUCGUUUAUGGCACUGAGAACAACAGCACCUUCCUGGAGUGCAUCCCUCGAUCGCCACAGGCCACUGUCACAUGGCACAUUCAGAGAGAUGACUACUUAGAGGAGGUGACACUAGAUGAACGUGUCAUUAAAACAGACGAUGGUUUGUUGUUCCGCCGUGUGCUUCGUCAGGAUGAAGGCAUCUAUGUGUGUCGAUCUCGGGAACACGGAUUCACACAAACCCUCUCACGCUUCUGGUUGGACGUCUUACACGCUGACACCCUUUCAGACCUCCUGUCACGUGACGGCAAAUAUAAAGUAUGGUCACCGUGUGCCGCCAACACAGCCUCGGUCAAUCGUGGCCUGGCCAGGACGUGGUUCAAGGACGUCUUGCAGCUGAUUGGUCCUUCAAACCUGCCACAGGUGGAGCAGUACUGCGAACGUGUUUGGUGUAAUGAGAAGCUGAGACGCAAGCACAAAAACAUGAUGGACAAAUAUCGGCAAGCGCAGGACUCUGCGAGAAGAGCACGAGUCCAGAAGAGCACGGGAGAAUCUCGAAUCCGCUCUCCACGGGACCUCCACACGCAAGAGUAAAACACAGACCCACAUGAAGCAAAAUGGACUUCCAAUGAAAAGUGGGUGUGAUUUUUAGAUGCUCUCUCACACACACAUACUUGUUUUUGUUUGUGGUGGUGUAAAAUAUUGUAGGUUUUGUGUCUAACAGUCCAAGUUCUCUCUGUGUUAAUUAGGACAUUCUUGAGCGUCCUCUCCAAAAGUUUCUGUGACCAUGGCAGCCGGCCCUCAUCACCUCACAGUAGACCGUGGCUAAUGUUAUACGUCUCACUUAAAAACUCAGCAGCUGCAAAACCUUUUUACUGGAACAAAUGAGGGUAGACAGGAUGGAACUCGUAGACUGGAGCGCUGCCCCUGCUAUAACAGGUGCCAAGAAACAUACAUUAAUUUAAGAUACAUCUGGCUGUGAUACAACUGGGCAUAAUGCUCAGAGACUUUUCCUCAACUGAGAACUACGGCAGCGUUCAACAAAACUCAGCCUGCCAGUACAUGAAGCUGUAAAGAAAUAAAAGUUUGGACUAAUUCGACUAUUUUCUGGUAACUGAAUCAUAGCUUGACGACCGUUGAGACUUCAACAGAACUGACAUUGUUCUUAAUCAGUGUGAAACAAAGCAUCUUGAGCUUUAGAACUUUGCACAGGGUUCGGUUUCUUCUCUUUUCAUUUUUUAUAGUGAUGUAAUGUUUUGGAAACACUUUAUAGUAAGGUCCAAUUUGUUAGUUAAUGCAUAAGCUAACAUGAAAAAACUGAAUUUUACAACAUUAAUCAAACUCGGUGUGUGUGUGUUUUUCUAAUUAUAUACCUGUAUUUUUUUUUUUUUUUUUUUACAUUGUAUAAAUUAACGUUAAUUUAUUAUGAACACGAAUUAUCAAUGAACAGUAGUUAACACUAACCUAAACUUAAAAAUGGUGUAAAAAUUGUUUGGUUAAUACUAGUAUAAAGACUAAUUCUCACUAUUAACUAAACAUAUUGGCUGUUUAUUAGUACUAGUAAAGCACAUAUUCACAUGAUCAUAUUCUACAUUCCUAAUCCUAGCCAAUACCUAAACUAACUUACUAACUAUUAAUAAGCAGUAAAAAAAGUCAUAGUUAAUUGUUUGUUAAGAGUGAGAUUUGGACCUUAAAAUAAAGUGUGACCAUUGUUCGUUGUUAGUUAAUAUUAUUACACGGCCGUUUGGAAUACACAGCUCUGAUUGGUCAAUCACAACAUUCUGUUGUCUAUUGCAACACUGCAACUAAAACUAGCUCUACAUACCACAUCAGAGAUUUGUGAUUUCUUUUUUCACCCUUUGACACCUUUUGUGUGUCCGCAAAUUACCUCAGAGAACUUAAUAUUACUGCAAUAUAAUUGCUGUGUCAUGUCCAUUUAUUUAUUUAUUUGGUGAAUAACCGUGUAUUUUUGCCACAACGACUGCCUGACUGUACAUCACUCACAAACGGAACCUUAUUAUAAAGUAUUUCCGAGUUUUAAUCAUAUAGCACACUUUAACAGAUGUAAAACUAGUCAGCUGAUGUUUAACCGUUCAUUCUAGCAAACGCUGUUCUGCAGCUGCAGUAGCCUUUAUACCAACAUCUCAGUUUUUUUCUCUCGCUUGUUCACCUUUUUUUCUAGUUUACUUGUUUCUUUGUACAUCUACACUAAAAACUCCUGUAUCACUUGAACCAUUUAUUUAUUUAUAGAUAGAAAGGUCUGGAAAAAAAUACUGCUUUGCCUAAAAACAUUGCUGUACAAAUCUUUCCUGGAGAGAAACUGUUUGCCUGCAAACUUUCUCCAGUGACUGUAUCAGAACUUCAGGGUGAAAUUCAUCAAACCGCUGGAGCAAAUCAAACAAAAGAAACAAGCUGACUUAUAAUUUUCCGUUCAAUGCCCUGACAUGACUGACUGCAUAGACUAGUUGCACUGAAACUGCUUUUUUUUUGUGAAUGGGUACAGCAGCAGCACUGCUCUGAUCUGAACUGCAUGUGUCAUCAGUUUUUGAAACACAACAUUAAAACAAUAACCUGAAAGGAACUAUUCUGUACCUUCCUGAACAUCAACUGCACAGUUUCUGUUUUUCCGCUGUCUUUAAAUCAGCUGUUGUGAUUUUAGCACAUUUUACCUGUAGAAAAAAUACACACAGGAAAAAUGCAGUGUUUUAGCUAGUGUCUGAUAUAUUUAUAUGUUAUUUAAAAGUGCUUCUUGCAUGCAGAAAACUCCGACCUGUGUUUGGUUCAGUGAUGAUACAUAAAUAAACGUUUCACACAGAG